AUGCCGCGAAUCCUGCACGACCUCGAAGAGGAGGAGUACGAUGAGCAGCCGGUGGACCUGAACAAGGAGGAGAUUCCCAAGGAGAUGCCCAUGCAAGCGCCGGAGACCACGUUCCCGCCGACCACCACCACCACCGAAGAAGCGACGACUUACGGAAGGUGGGUGAAGGGGAGAGUUCUGGAGUUUGUAGUGGCUGUAGGGGUCUGGGAAGUAUUGAAAAAAAUCACAAAAAAUAAAAAAAUUAGGGGCAAAAGUUCCUUAUUUUGGCCACAACUUUAUAACUUUGCGGAAACUGGUCGGAAUUAGCCCAAAUUUAACGUGCACGCUCAAUUCAUCGUUUUCAAUGCCCGAGCAGUGGAUUUAGUUAGUGAGGUACCUUCUUUUUUACGUGCCACCUUACCCUUUAAAAACGGCUGCAGCCUGUCAUUUACACUUUAUACGAUGAAACAUGUCCGGAACUAAAUUUAUUGCCUCCGUAUGGAACUAAAUGAGUCGACACAGCCUUCGUAGGUACCCAUAAAACUAUACAGCUAUUAUAGUAAUUCAGUGCCAGCUAGGUCGAAGCGUUUUUUCCUAACUUUAGUGCCCAAGCUUGGGCGCAGUUCGCGGAGUACCUUUGUUGUGGCCUAAAUAAGGAACUUUUUCCAAAUUAGAUCACGGGACUCUUGAACGGACAUUUAUCAGUCUGUCGGGAAAAUAAUGAGCACAAUGUCGCAUCGAAAAUCGCAUUGCCGCCGAGAAAAUUAAUUGUGUCGCGGCAAAAUUCAAUUGCUUUUCACUUCAGCGACGUGAUUGGCUGAGCGAUAUUGUACUCAUUAUUUUCCCGACAGACUGAGGGGAAACAAAAAAAAAGCAUUUAAUUUUAUAUUAUACAUACCUACUGUAAGGUAAAAAGUGAAAUUUUUAAUUGUCCAUUCUAAUGUACAGGUAGCUGGAUGACUAUCGUAGAAAUGGUAGUUAUCCAGUUUAUAUGGUGUAAAUUUUGAGCACAGCUCAAAACUCGACUUGAGUUAUUUUUCAAUCGUAUUAUACCUUCGACAAAUUCAGCCCUCUAAAAUUGCUGGGUAGAAACAGGCGUCCCUGUGACAUUCCCCUUCUCAAUUUUUUUCUAAAAUCCACUUUUAUUGCUUCUAUCAAUCUGUCGGGAAAAUAGUGUGGACUAUGAAAUUUCUGGGUAGAAACAGGCGUCAAUGUGACAUUUCCUACCACAAAAUUUUUUCCUAUCGCUCCAAAAACCGCUUGUCAUAAAAAAAAUUCCUUGCAAAAAGUCAAUUUUCGAGAUUUUUGACUAUUUUAUGAAAGAGAACCUCGGUUCUUCGCCUAUACGAUCAGACACCGGGUCUCGUAACACGCUGUCCUAGACAAGCUCUCCCAAUCCUCCAACAAAUACCAAUGACCUCUUUAUUCCUCCAAACACAAUACACAAGCAGGCCAAUACACUCAAUGUACUCCAAUUGUCCACACGCGCUGACGGCCAACCGCUCGCUCAGGCUGCGACUUCCAAACUAUUCUCCUUUCCUUCCAAAUCCACGUCUCGGUUGAUUGCGAUGUCCUUUCGGGUUUCGUGGCGGGACGCAGCGACCGGUUGAAUGCUUUUGCGGCGGCCGUGGCCUCACUUAUGUCUUGUAUUUCUUGAAAAUCACAUUGACAGAACAGGUUUUCUGCUCUUAUUUUUUCGAGUUUGACCAAAAAUGAUGAUUUUUGAACGAAAAAUUCACUUUCCACAACCUCAAAAUCAUCGUUACCGCAGUAAACUACAUCAACUAUUUCUUCAAACUCCAAAUUUUUUUUCCCCAAAAUCCUUCAAAAAUCUCAUUUUCCGCAGCAAAAAAACCCGUCGGAAAUUUAUGUUUACGCAAACGAACGUGUUCUAACGGCCUCAUUAUAUCCGUCAGCAGUUACCAUAGUAAUCGCAAGGGUAAAAACCAGCCUAUUUUCUGGAGGAUCUUGGGAAGAAAUUUGGGGAGAUAUUGUCCUUUAGGGAUAGCUGGAACUAAAGUGGGAGAUUUUAAUUUGAAUCUGCUGUCACGCAAGGUAUUUUUGAGCAAGCGAAAUUAUUAAACUGAAAAAGCUGAAAUUUUGGGGUUAGUGGAAGAUAGUAGUGGUUGGGAAAUUUAUGGGUUAUUAGUAUUUUUUAUAGUAGAAUUGGUCAAACUCCGACGCUCAAUGUUCAAUCAACCUUGCUGUAAAAUCAUACUAGAGCUUUGAAAUGUCUGUGCAAGACUUGUAAUAAAAUCAACUUACAUGGGAACUACUUCAUAUACGAUGCUCAGUUUUUUUUCAUUUUGCACAUAGAUUGGGCAUAGGUCAUAUAUCUCUCUGUCGGGAAAAUAAUGAGCACUCUGCCGCAUGGAAAAAGGAGAAAAUGAAUUGUGUCGCGGCUCACUUCGGCGGCGCGAUUGGCGCUGGGACGUUGUGCUCAUUAUUUUUCCGACAUACUGAUACUAAUCACGCAAAAAUACCCUAUGUAAAGUCCGUGGAAUUUACAUAGGGUGUUUUGACACACGCGCCGGCUUGUGCUCAUUAUUUUCCUGACCAACUGAUAUCAAUUCCCGUAAAUUUUGGCUCGCGCCUUGCAGAGGUAGCCGAGGCAUUCAACGAUCAUUGCCUCCGAGACAUCAGGCGAUGUGCGGCGAGCGGUCACAGGGAAAGCAUUUUUUUGCCAUUUUGCUUUCUUCUCUAAACAACGUUCUCUGUCAGAAACAAUUAUUUUUAACUUUUUCUUUAAUUUUUUAUGGCCAAGUUCAUCCACUAAAAACUCUUCCAAAAGGACUUUGAUAUCUGACAGGGGAAGUACUGCAAGUGCGACGCUCAGAUUUUGAUGAAACUUGGCACAAAUUUAGAAUAAUUUUUUCUAAGAUAUAUGCGAGAAUCCUAGCUCGCGCUUUACAGAAACGACCGAGAUUUUUGGAUCGAAAGUCGGCGAAAAUUUAGGACUUUUUGCCGAAUUUCGGCACGAAAAGUUUCAUGCCUAUUUCUACCGUAAAGGAUAAUGUUUCUACAAAAAAUCAAAUUUUUCCGCACGAAACUGCCGAAGUUAUGGCCAAAAAGCGCUUUUCUCUCUGACCGCUCUCCACGUUUUGCCCGCGUGCUCUCUCGGCUGCAAAAACCGUUCGAUAUCUCGGCGGCGCCCGCAAAGCGCGAGCUAAAACUUUCAGGAAUUGAUACUUAGUCCAUACCCGACGUGUGUGCAAAAUUUAAAGAAAAUCUGAGCGUCGCACUUGGAGUACUUCCCCUGUGAAAUAUUUUCGUCAUGGGUCAGUAAAAUACGUUGAAUUGGCAUGUCUCCUCAUUUCCCGCAUUCUCUCACCAUUCUGAAUUGUUGAAUAUCAAUGUCUGCAAUCAUAUUUUGAAUUUAAAUUUUUAGAAAUUAAUAUACCUUAUAACUACAACAUCUAGCCUAAAUUUUAACAAAAUCCAAUCAUUCUGCUUUGAGCCCUCUUUCCUGUAAAUUCCACAAAUUACUCACCUGACCCUGCAGCCAUUUCCUCGCUCCAUUUCGAAUGUUUUCGCGAGAAUAAUCAAAAUGGCCAGGAAUGAAUCGAAAAGACGUUUCUCAUUAUUAAUUCGACCAAAAUUCAAAUCGUUCCCCCAACAAGUCUUUCGCUCUUCCUUUUUCCCUCAGGGCUUUUGAGGAGGUCCGAAAGUGAAUAUAAAAAUGUCAAAAACGUCGUAUGACAAGAAAUUUUUUCUCGGGAUUUUGGGAUUUGGCGUCGAAUUUUGUUUUCCAUUUCGAGUAUUUUUGGGGGCUGCUGGGAAGGAUAAUUUUAACCAGGGAAGCGCUUCAAGUGCGAUAUUUAGAUUGCUUUGAAAUUUUGAAUAUAAAGCACUAUGUUUCAUACUAGCCCGUUCGUAAGUCGCUGAAGUUUUCACUGUCUUAAGAAGUCAGAACGAGAGCGACAGCCCGAAAAAGCUCUUUCCACGGUGCAAAAGCAAGAAAUUGCAUAGUGCAAGGUGCACUUUUGUUUUUUUUACAUUUCAUUUCGCAAAAAUCAAUCCAUAGACAUUGUGAACGGACUAGUAUCAAUUUCUGAAAAAUUUUGGCUUGCGCUAUGCAGCCGAGACAAAAAACGAUUUUUGAUUGCGAGAGAGUGAGCGAAGUAUAGAAAGCGGUCACAAAGAAAUGUUUUUUGGCCACAUCUUUUUCCAGUUUGCUGCAGCAAAAAGUUGUCCUUUUAUGGGAAUAUCCCAACGAGAGAGUGAGCGAAAUUGGGAGAGCGAUGUUGGUUCAACUCCCGAAGGCCGAUGGAGGUAGCGGUUUUCAGAUUUGAUAUCCCAAUUCCACACUCUCCAUCGCUGUAACAGUAGUUUUUAAAAAUCAGUCUGUGACUUACGUGACUUCCCUUAUGGCAAAAAAAUUUCGUCAUUUCCCAACAACUUUUUCGAGUUAAAACGUGAUUUCUUGUAGAGCAGAACGUUGCGUGCAUUGGCAAAGCCAAAGAUGGUUUUUUUUAUGUAUACUCUAGAAAAGGAUGUAAAAUGUUGACAAACUGUAGGGCCAAAAACCGAAAAAAUCUCUCUUAUUUCCGGGGAGCUAGGGAUCCUGUAUACGUCAGAGAAAAGCAUUUAGCUAAAAUUAGAUUUGUGCCUAGUUUCGUUGAAAUCAUAGGCCCAAGACAAUGUUGUUCCGUUUACAGGGCCUUACAAAAAACGUGAAGGAAAGUGGUUCGGUUGAAAAUCGCCAGGAAAUGUAGGAUUUUUUUGGGGUUUCUUAUAUAGUCUCUAAGAAAACGUGCAUAAUUUGCAAGUGUUGGCACUUUCCUCCUAUUUUUCAACAUCACCCGUAUCGAAACCCCACAAAACUUUUGGGUUUUCGACAGGAUUUGAAAGCUUAUUUUUGAACUGUCUGUCGGAAAAAUAAUGAGCACAAUGCCGCUGCGCCGAUCGCGUUGCUGAAAAAAGUGUUUCGAUUUUGCCGCGACACAAUUCAUUUUCUCGGCGGCGAUGUGAUUUUCAAUACGACAGAGUGCUCAUUAUUUUACCGACGGACUGAUAAAAAAGAUUUUAUCGAGAACUAUGAAGCGUAGCCUUCUAUUUUAUAUUCUUUUUUUGUGUUCUCUUGUUCACGAGCAUUUGGAAUUCUCGUCAAAUUUGGCCAAGUUUUUUUUUGUUAAUCUGAGACUGACAUGUCCAAAAAUAUUUCCCCAACAUAAACAGCCAAUUUAGUUUUUUAUAAAAAUAUCCUGCCUGUUCUUUUUACUAAUUAACACGUAUUUCAGCACGACCACCAAGGAAUCGGUCGGGAAGUACCUGCAGGACAAAGCCUUCGAUCUCAAGGACCGGGUCAAGGAGAAGGUCAUGGAAAAGACUGGAAGUAAGUCUUGUUUUUAUUAUUUUUUCGAAUCUAGAGAAUUGGAGAAGCUUCUGCCGAGUUUGAGGCAAAAUUUGAGAAAAUUUUGGAAAAUGCCUGAGGGCAAAAAUUUAAAAAAAAUUUAUUGUAGUGAAAAAAAGGUAAUUUUGGAUUAGUUCUGAAUAUUUGUGUGUAAAAUAGUAAAAAUAAAUUAAAAAUUGUAAAAGAAUGACUAAAAUAUUUUGAAAUUUUUUGAAAAAAAAAAUUUUUUUUUGCCCAAAAAAUUUUUUGCCCAAAAAAAAUUUGCCCAAAAAAAAUUUUUUUGCCAAAAAAAAUGAUUUUUUUGUUGCAUUGUCGCAUAAAAUGCAUUCUAUUUUUUUAAAAUAAUUUUUUUUAAAACGUAGAAUUCAAAAAAUUUUAAAAAAAUAAAAAAAAUUAAACAAUAAUUCAAAUGGUAAAAUACGAGCAUCAUUCGUUUUGGCACUCAAAACUUUAUUUUAGCUCUCCAUAAAUGACCUCAAAACAAAAAAAACAAAGAAUCUUUUUUCAGUGCCAGAAUGGGGAUUCGUUUUCUUCGGAAUCAUCGCAUUGCUCAUUGUCCUCCUGUUGGCAUUCCUGCUCAUCCGAAAAUUGUUCGGGAAGAAACGGCAUGGCGAAAAGAACAAACAAAAACAAGGUGGAAUCAAGGGAUUCUUUGGCAUUGGAGCCAACAAGUCCGGACAGCCGGAUUUGUUUGAUACCAAUAAAGUGAGUUUCGAUUUUUUUUUUUUUUUUUGAAUUUGAUUUUUCGCACGGUGCAAAUUUUUUGACUGCACCGUGCAAGAAUUUUUUUUUGCACAGUGCAAUGAAAUUUUUUAACUGAACAUUUUUUACUGCACUAUGGGUAAAACAUCUUUGGAAAAAUUACUUUUUGAACAGUGAAAAGUGUUUUGUUAAAAAAAAAAAAAAAUUUUAUUUUUAUUUCACGCACUGUGCAAAGUUUUUGACUGCACGGUGCAAAUUUUUUGACUGCACCGUGCAAGAAUUUUUUUUUUGCACAGUGCAAUGAAAUUUUUUAACUGAACAUUUUUUACUGCACUAUGGGUAAAACAUCUUUGGAAAAAUUACUUUUUGAACAGUGAAAAGUGUUUUGUUAAAAAAAAAAAAAAAUUUAUUUUUAUUUCACGCACUGUGCAAAGUUUUUGACUGCACGGUGAAAAUCUUUUUGACUGCACCGUGCAGUAUGACAUUUUUAGAAAUUUUGUAGAUGCACAGUGCAAAAAAUUUUUUUUUCUGCACAGUGCGCGAUUUUUUGGAAUUUGCGAAAUUUUUGACUGCACCGCGCAGGAUUUUUUUUGCACAGUGCGCUGAAAUUUUUCAACUAAAAUUUUGACUGUACAAUGCGGUCAGACAUUUUUUUGAAAUUUUUGUAUCUGCACAGUGCAAAAAUUCUUUUCUGCACUGUGCACCAUUUUUUAAGAAUCUUUUGCACAGUGCAAAGCAUACAUGAUAUAUUUCAUAUAUCAAAAACCGAUUAAAAUAUUUUUUCAGUUAGCAACAGACCUGGAAGGCCUUCAAGAGCACAUGGAAGAAAAUGAAAAGGAGCAAGCUGAGGAAAAAGAGGAAGUCAACUUGGGUCGGAUUCAAUACAAACUCGAUUAUGAUUUCCAGCAAGGCCAGGUAAUUUUUUUAUAUAUUUUUUGGUAUUCAAGGGGGACGUAUUUUAAACAGAUUUUUUUAUAAUUGGUCUCACCACGAAAACCUUAAUUUCUAAAAAGCGUCCAAAUUGAGACUUUACCAUGAAACGAAACGUUUAUGGACCUCAAUUUACUACUUUUUUUUGAUUUUUGACAAGAAAUUACUGUAAAAAAAACAAAAAAAAAACAAAUUUUUGGGUCCCACCACGAAAACAUGAAUUUCUGAAAAACCUCUAAAUUGAUAUUUUAUCAUGAAAUGGAACGUUUAUGUACCUCAAUUUUUUACAUAUUCUAAGUUUUUGACAAGAAAUUAUUGUAAAAAACAAAAAAAAACUAAUUUUUGGGUCCCACCACGAAAACAUGAUUUUUUAAAAGGCGUCUAAAUUGACAUUGUACCAUGAAACGGAAAGUUUAUGGACCUCAAUUUUCUGCUCUUUUUGAUUUUCAACAAGAAAUUGCUGUAAAAACAAAAAAAAACAAAUUUUUGGGUCCCACCACGAAAACCUGAAAGGUCCCAAAUUUCGAAAAUUCCGUGUUUUCAAUCAAUUUUAAGCCCUAAACUUGACGAUUUUUCAAUUUUCAGCUAGCAGUGACCGUAAUCCAAGCCGAAAACCUGCCCGGAAUGGACAUGAGCGGCACCUCCGACCCCUACGUAAAGCUCUACCUACUCCCCGAGAAGAAGAAAAAAGUCGAAACGAAGGUGCACAGAAAAACACUGAACCCCGUCUUCAACGAGACCUUCAUUUUCAAGGUCCCGUUCAACGAGAUCGGCAACAAAACGUUGGUCUUCAACAUCUACGACUUUGACCGCUUCUCGAAACACGACCAAAUUGGCCAAGUUUUGUUGGCCCUGGGGAAAAUCGACCUGGGCCAAGUCAUUGAGGAGUGGAAGGACAUCCAACCACCGCCGGAUGACAAGGAAGCAGUGAGUUUUUUGGGGGGAAAUGAGGAAAAUUUGAAUUUUUUGAUUGCACAGUGCGAUUUUUCGAAAUUGCAAAAUUUCGCACGGUGCAAGAAGAUAAAUUUUGCUUACUUUAUGAUGAUCGAAAAUUCAAAAAUUUUGCAAUAUGUAGAACAAAAACGGCUUGAAAAUUUCUGUCUAAUGCAGCCUUGAGAAGAUUGAAAAUGCGAAAAUUUUGCAAUGUCUAGAAAAAAUCGGCAUAAAAAUUUCUGUCUAAUGCAGCAUUAAAAAGUAAAAAAAAAAUUGCCGCACAGUGCGGAUUUUCAAAAGUGUCUAAAUUUCGCACUGUGCAAGAAGAUAAAUUUUGGUUACGUUAUGAUGGGUGAAAAUGCAAAUUUUGCGAACUUGUAGAAAAAAAUUGGCUCCAAAUUUCUGUCUAAUACGGCUUUACAGAGUAAAAAUUUUUUGUCGCACAGUGCGGAUUUUUUAAAAUUUCUAAAUUUUGCACGGUGCAAGAAGACAAAUUUUGUUUACUUUGUGAUGAUUGAAAAUGAAAACAUUUUGCAAUAGGAUGAAAAAAGAUUGGCUUCAAAUUUCUAUCUAAUGCAGCUUUAUAGAGUAAAAAAUUUUUACCGCACAGUGCGGAUUUUUAAAAGUUUCUAAAUUUUGCACGGUGCAAGAAGACAAAUUUUUGGCCACUUUAUGAAGAUUGAAAAUACGAAAAUUUUGCAAUGUUUAGAAAAAAUCGGCAUGAAAAUUUCUGUCUAAACCAGCAUUAAAAACUAAAAAGAUUGCCGCACAGUGCGGAUUUUUUUAAAUUUCUAAAUUUUGCACAGUGCAAAGCGUUAAAUUUCUUUGUACUGUGUCAGUUUGAUUUAUAGGAAGUCCUAAAUUUUCAGGAAAAAAAAAUAACUUUCAAAUUUCUUGCGCUCAAUUUUUGUACUAAAAUUUUUAGUGCACAGUGCAAAACUAAAAUUUUUUUUUCACAUUGCAAAUGUGAAAAAGAAAUUAAAAAUUCCUUAUUUUGCACUCUGUGUGGUGAAAAAUUUACCGACAGUUAGCGUAUUUGUACGUAUUUUACCAUCGUUUUUCAGGAGAAAUCGCUCGGUGAUAUUUGCUUCUCGCUGCGUUACGUUCCAACUGCCGGGAAGCUGACAGUGGUGGUUCUGGAAGCCAAGAACCUCAAAAAGAUGGAUGUUGGAGGUCUUUCCGGUGAGUUUUUUGAAACACAAUUGGGGGCUUAGAGUAAUUUUUUUUGAUGGGUAAAAUACGACCAAAAUAGAAACUUUUUUGAAAAUUUUGGGGUUUUCAUUACAGUGAAAUCAAAAUAAGUGACGGAAAUGGUGUCAUUGUGCCCAGAAAAGAUUUAUUUUAAGCACAGAAAAAAAUUUUGGAGACCCUUUUUUUGCACUGUGCAGUCCAAAAAAAUAUAAAAUUUGCACGGUGCGAAAGAUUUCAAAUCUCAAAAAUACGAAAAAUCGAAAAAUCAAGAGUAAAUAAAAUGCGACAUAUCUUAUUACAGCGAUUUUUGCAGUGUAAUGAGCUUUUGAGAGGGGAACCGGAUUUUGCACAGUGCAAUGAAAAUUUGUCGAAAAUCUUGGGUUUUUCAUCACUGUGUAAUCAAAAUAAGUGAUGGAAAUGAUGUCAAUGAGCCAAAAAAAAACUAUUUUACUAUAGAAAAAUUUUUUGGAGACAUUCUAUUUUUGCACGGUGCAGUCUAAAAAAACAUAAAAUUUGCACUGUGCAAAAAAUUUGAAAUCUCAAAAACUCCGAAAAAUCAAAAAUAGAGAGUAAAUUAAAAUAAGAAAUAUAAUUUUACCUCGAUAUCCAACUUUUACCUCGUUUAAUUCCUUUUUUUCAGACCCCUACGUCAAGAUCGUCCUAAUGCAGGGUGGGAAACGACUCAAGAAAAAGAAGACCUCCAUCAAGAAGUGCACUCUGAACCCCUACUACAACGAGUCCUUUAGUUUCGAAGUUCCGUUCGAACAAAUCCAAAAGGUCUCGUUGAUGAUCACCGUCAUGGAUUACGAUAAGCUCGGCUCCAACGACGCGAUUGGCCGUUGCAUUUUGGGAUGUUCGGCGACUGGUGCCGAGUUGAGGCACUGGAUGGACAUGUUGGCGUCGCCGCGACGUCCGAUCGCCCAAUGGCAUACGCUGGGGCCGGUUGAAGAUGAAAAACCGGAGCCCGCCAAGAGCUAA